GCUUCUGGACAUAAUCUGAUAUUCUGGCAAGAGUCCGGCAUACUCCAAGGGCUGCUCACCAGGAACUUUCAGUCAGCUCUCCAGAAAUUGUCAGUCAUUUGCUGGAGAUGCUGUGGAAGUCACUAGCUGGGAGAGUCAGAUCCUCGCUCCCAUGCGACGCUGGGGAGACGGACACCCUGCGGGGCCAAUCACCUGCUGCUUAUGCAAUGGAAUUAUUCUUUUAAGCAGGGAUAACCUGAAAUCAUGAGGCUUUUCCCUCCCAUCUGAAAACUGUACAAUGAAGCAUUUACCCUAAAAAGAGGGCAAGCUUUGUUUUUUCCCUCUCUCUGGAGGGAAAGCUCGACUGCAGUAAGAACAGCUCCUAGAAACCAGCUUCUAAGGACUCCCAGAGACCUGCUUUCUUGCCUGAAAUCUAGGUUAGCCAUGUCUCCCCCAGCUAACACAGACUUAGGCUAUACCCCUCCUGAUGGUGGAUGGGGAUGGGCAGUGGUAUUUGGAGCUUCCAUCUCUGUCGGAUUUGCAUAUUCCUUCCCUAAAGCUUUCACAGUCUAUUUCAAAGAACUCCGGAUGGUUUUUAAUGUAUCCUACAGCCAGAUUGCAUGGGUGACUUCCAUCAUGUGUGCGACUACCUACGGGGGAGGUCCUAUUAGCAGUAUUUUAGUGAAUCGUUUUGGCAGCCGACCCGUGGUUAUAUUUGGAGGCCUGCUGUGUGGAAUUGGGAUGAUUUCGGCGGCGUUCUGCACUAGCAUUUUACAGCUUUACAUCUGCGUUGGAGUCAUUUCAGGAUUUGGCCUUGCUCUUAACCUUCAGCCUUCAGUGAUAAUCAUCGGGAAAUACUUUUUGAAAAGGAGACCAAUCGCCAAUGGUCUUGCCAUGGCUGGGAGCCCCGUAAUGCUUUGUACCCUUGCUCCUUUGAACCAGUUCCUUUUUGACAAUUUUGGCUGGAGGGGCAGUUUCUUUAUUCUUGGGGCAAUUUUACUGAACUGCUGUGUGGCUGGUGCUCUCUUCCGGCCCAUUGGAAUGGCAGCUGACCCUGCUCAGAAACAAACCAUCAAGCAAGCUGAAAAGACUGUAAAAGAGCAGUCCAAUAAAAGCUCGGUUGAAAUGGUCCAUCCCAAAACUGUCAGUUUGUUGAGCGGAACAGAAGAGGAGGAGGACAAAGACUGCUGUGAGAAGUUUAAUAAGUACCUUGAUUUUUCCCUCUUUAAGCACAGAGGUUUCCUGAUUUACCUGAUUGGAAAUGUGCUCAUGUUUCUGGGAUUUUUUGCCCCUAUUGUUUUUUUGGCCCCUUACGCGAAGCACCUUGGCGUUGAUGAAUACUCAGCAGCCUUCCUCCUUUCUAUCCUUGCAAUAGUCGAUAUGAUCGCCAGACCCACCACUGGAAUUAUUGCCAACAGUAAAUGGGUGAGGCCAAAGAUCCAGUAUUUUUUCAGCUUUUCAAUUGCUUUUAAUGGUGCCUGCCAUCUCCUGUGCCCCUUAGCCACAGGCUACACAGGUCUAGUCAUAUACGCUGUCUUUUUUGGCUUGGCCUUUGGUAUGGUUUGUGCCAUGCUCUUUGAAACCCUCAUGGAUCUCGUGGGAGCUGCGCGAUUCACAAGUGCUGUUGGCCUUGUCACCAUAGUGGAGUGUUGCACUAUACUUCUUGGACCACCUAUUGGAGGAACGCUUAUAGAUACUUUUGGAGAUUACAAAUACAUGUUCAUUAAAUGUGGAGCUGUGAUGGUCUUGGCAGGAACGUUCCUGUUCAUCAUGAAUUACUACAAUUACCGUAUGCUGGCGAAAGAGGAAAAGGAAAGAAAAGCGAUGGAAGAGACAAUGAAGGACAACAAACAUAUAAGGACAGAAACAGAGGAUGGCAAUAUCUGGGCCAGAGAAAAGAUGCAGGAUGGUCCAGAGGUGGAAUCUUUGAGAGAUGAAAAAGAGGGACUAAAAAAAGAAGUGAAUGGCAAAAGUGAAGUCUAAGCUUGGUUUAACAGGUUGAUUGGGAAAAUGCUUUUUGUGUUUCUUAAAUUGACUGUAACAAUGACAUGACUUUAGAUUUCUAAUUCUGCAUUGAUACUGCUCUAUUUCUACACUUUGCUUUGUCUAGGAAAAGCCUAAAGGAAAAAAAAAAAAGUCUAGCUUCUCACGAAGUGCUGGAACGUACAGUGCAAUACCUGUUCCUAUAUUGUUGGAGGGCCGCAUCAUUUUUCUUUAGCUAUUUCCUGUUACCAAGAGGGACCUUAAAAGCACCUAGCCCCCAUUCUGCUCUUAGGCCUGCUCCAAUGUCCAUGAAAGGCUACAUCUACGCUGUGAGCUAGGAGUGUGAUUCUCUGCUGGCGCACGCAGACUGGGGCUGGCUCUCACUGAGCUCGCGUGAGUCUAGAGAGCAGGGUAGCUAUGGUAGCACCGGGAGCGGCAGCAGAACUGAGUACACACCCACCCGUUUCAGGCAGGCGUGUACGCCGCACGGCUCAGCCAGACCUCCACUGCCCCCAGCCAGGCUGCCACAGCUCCACUGCUGCUCAUGCACCUGCUAGCUCAGCGACAGCUAGCGGAAGGCUGUGUACACGGUCACUCCGCUCGCUCGUAGUGCCGAUGUAGCCAGAGUCAGUGCAAAACCUUCCGCUGGCUUCCGUGAGCUUUCGAUUCGAUCGUAUCAGAGAGGAAUCUUCCACUGCUAGGGAACCAUUUACGUACUGUCAUCAUGGGCCUGAUCAGUGUCCAUCGGAACCAACAGCAAGGCUCCCACUGACGUCAGGGUGUAUUGGAUCAGGGCUCAGGGACCCAUCAUGAAGGCUUAAAUGUCACCCUCAUUUAGUCACUUCACUUUUACUAAUGCACCUUCAUCACAGGGCAAAUUAACUCGGCUUAAUAGCAAUCAUCUUCAUUUUGAAGCCAUGCUCGGUUGGCUGUACACACACAUACUCGGUUGGCAAUAUGCCUUGGUACAUGGCUGUGUGUGUACAGUAGUUCAUGGUCUAGUGGACUGCGUACAGGAUCUGGAGCCAGGCAGUCGCCAGCUCUAAUGCCAGCUAGACCAACGACUUGCCGUAUGGCCUUGGGAUAAUGGCUCUGAGCCAAACCCACAGGCACCAUAAGCAGAGUAACUUAACAAAGGUGAAAUUCACCCUGUGUAGAGGACCAGCAUGAGCCCGUGCACCACUUAAGGCUUCAAGAAAAGGGCAAAGUUAAUUCCAUCGACAUCAAGAAGCAGGGAAAACUAAGCGGGAACAACUGGAGUCCUGCAACGACUUACACACAGGGGCGCUGGGAGCCAUUGAACCAAACUGUAAACCCUGCAUAUGAUGGAAACCACUUUAAGCCAAGGGGUGCGGCAGCAUCUCUGCUUGCACAUCUGCUUAACUUUACUCUUGACUCGUCCCAUUGACUUCAGUGAGCCAAUUCACGUGAAUAAAGAUAAGCCCGUGGGUUCAAGGCCGCUGGAUUCCAUAGAGUUUCACUCACCAUCAAUAGUCCUAUGUAUCCAUUUCCUCAUCCAUAAACUGCAGAUAAUAACAACAGGGAGUUGUGAGGGCUCAUUAGUUAAGCUUAUAACGGUUUGUAUAAACACCAACACCCAGGUCCUGAGCGGUAUUUAGGCACCUAACUCCUAUUCCUUUCAAUUGCCAUUAGGCACCUAAAUAUCUUUGAGAACCUGGGCCUAAGUAUGAUUAAUGACUUCCUAACUCACUGCAAAUACUGGUGAAAAAUCAUAUUUCUUAGCUCUGUCGUCUGAGAACAGGAUUUAAUUACACCCAAUGUACAGACUGAGUAAGCCUUAGCUGUGAAUGAUGGCUUUUUAAAAAUGAAUCUUUUCUACGUACUCUGCUGCCCUUUAAACAUAGGUCAGACCAAUCGUUUCCACCACAACACUCGAGGAUGUGCAGUGGGGUUGAAAUGCUGUUUCCAUUGAAGUCAGUGGGGCUAGGCUUUCAUCCUUAGGCACCAUCUUGUAUUUGUUGUGGACAGUAACAUUAGAUACUUUUUUUUAAAUACUCAUUAUCACAGUCAUGUAAAUAUGAACAAAACUAACGGUGUUGAUGGAGGUGCCAGAACAUUUCCUGAAAGCACAUGUCAUUUGGAAGCUUUAAGCUAUUCAAUAAAGCUCUUUUAAAAAAAUUGUAA